UCAACGGUAGACUUAGUCCUCGCGUCCCCGGGGAUAGCGAAUAGGAUAGUAUACUACCAGAUUUAUAAGAUAGACUACAGGUCUAACCACCGGGCGAUCGAGUCACGCUUUAACGUCUCUCUAACUAAGGUUAAGCCGAAGGAAGGGAGGUACCUAUUUAAGGACGCAGACUAG